ACAGGUACGCCUCCACCCCAACAUUUGGUCCAUUCGACCGGAGCGCCAUAUUGGAAUUCGAACCUCGUGUGUGAAGCACGAAAAAUUACCGAAGCGCUAUAUUGGUCAAAUUGCAUGUGAGGUGCUUUCUUCAUUGAAUGCAGCAUUUUCGCAUCCAAUGAACACGAUCAGCAGUGCAUGUACACGGCGACUCUUCACAAUUGCAGUGUGCACUAGCCAAGAGUGCGCUUUUUGAGCGAGUCUCAUCAAAUUGACUUGCUAUUGCCAUUCUUCGUCACCUCUUCACGUCCUGCCUCAGAUUCUGCGUCAUCAUCAUCAUCAUCUUCGUCGUCAUCAGCUUCUUCGUCAUCAUCAGAGUCCUCAUCAAAAUCGUCAUCAAAGUAUUCAUCAAAGUCAUCAGAAUUACCAUCGGAGUCACCAUAUAUACGUCAUCAGUUGCAGCCAUCAUACAUUUGAGUUUGUACAGGUACAUUUACAAUAUUUUACCAUAUGCUUGAGAUUUUUUAUAUUAUAAAAUAAAUUUCAUUGAAAGUAUUUUGUUCGAAAAUUCAGUGCUUAUUAAUACGGUAAAAGGGAUAUAUGUAUGUAUAUUAACGGUAAAAAUUGGUACGUUAUAUACAUAUAUAUAUUGGGUGGGGUAUUUACAAACGGUAAAAAUUGGUACGUUUUAAAUACAGUAAGAAGCGGUAAAAUUGAUACGAUUGGGUGGUAAGCAGUUUGCUUUGUUGAGCAGAUUAUCACGCGGUUUUUGCUUUUUCAUUUGAAAUGAGUUUGUAGGCUUUAAUUUUGGCAUGCGAUGAGCUCGUUGAUUUACAUGCGUCAUUUAAAGGAAAAUCUGCUAGAGAGUUAAAAAAAUCGGCUUUUGAAGCUUAUCGGGUUGAACUUCAAGCACUUUGGCUUGAUGUUAAGAAAGCAUACAGUGAAUAUAUAAGUGCGGUGGCCGAUGAUGACGUUCUCAUUGCGUCACUCCCUGAGGUUAAGGCAAAAUAUAGAAACUCUUCGGACACAUAUAUUGAAUUUCUCAGUGAUAUUUUGGAGGCGACGCGGCCCCAAGAGGUUAGUUUAAAAUCGAAUAACGAAAAGAGUGAUAAUGUCGAAUUAAAGCAUCAUAUGCAUCUUCCGCCGUGUGAAACGGAAAUAUUUAGUGGCAAUUUUCUCAAAUGGCCAGCAUUUAGAGACAUGUUUACGGCACUUUACAUUCGACACGCUAGGUUAAGUCCCGUUCAAAAACUUUUUCACUUGCGUGCUCGGACUAAAGAUCAUGCCUUAAGCAUAGUCUCUAAAUUUGAGAUAACAGAUGAUAAUUUCGAGGCUGCUUGGGCAGCUCUCAAAGAACACUACGAAAAUAAAAGGGUUUUAGUGAAUAAUCAUCUAAGUAUUUUGCUUGGUCAGGUGCGCAUAACGGUUGAAUCGGCAGAUGCAUUAAAGGAAUUGCAGAGCAAUAUUAAUGAAGCUAUUAUAGCUUUAGAGUCGUAUGGUAUUGAGGUGAAAAAGUGGGAUGCGUUAGUUACAUACGUUUGUGCGUCUCGUCUCCCACCACAGACUUUAUCCCUUUGGGAAGAAUCACUUGCGAAUCCAAAGGAAAUUCAAUCAUGGGAAAAAAUGAACAUUUUUAUCACAAAUAGGUACCGGGUCCUAGAUAACGUUUCAGACAUGACAAAAGAAAAUAAAGUUUUGAAAAAUUCGGGUUCGAAACAGCAAUCUUCAAGUUCAUUUCCACGCGUUCGAACACAUCACGCACAAGUUAGUUCGCAAUGUAAAGUUUGUAAGGGGACUCAUGCACUUCGUGUAUGCCCAGAUUUUUUGAAAAUGAGCGUUUCUCAAAGGAGAAACACUAUUCGAAAAUUAAAGUAUUGCUAUAAUUGUCUAGCAUUCAGUCACUUGGUAACUGCCUGCCAGAGUGAAAGUACAUGUUUUCACUGUAAGGGAAAACAUCACUCAUUGCUACAUUUUGACAAAUCUCCUUCGGGGAGCUUUACUCCACAAAUACAGUCCACUCAUUCAACUUCACUUGCAAGUCAAAAUGCCCAACAACAUACUGUACCAAGGGACAGUUCAAAUUUCAAGCUUUCAAAUACGGAAGAAAGCCCCAAUGUUUCGGCAAACGCAUUUUUUGCCAAAACUAAACGCACAACUCUUUUAGCUACUGCGAUGAUUCGGAUUCAUCACCAUCACACUGAUUUUGAGUGGAGGGCGCUUAUUGAUCCGGGUUCGGAAAUCUCAUUUAUUUCCGAAGAAGUUCAAAGAAAGUUAAAAUUGCCUGUUCAAUCGGUUAUGGCAACGGUUGCAGGCGUUAAUUCCUCGGUAACGGCAACUUCAAACAAAAUGUGCUCAUUCACUCUCAGAUCGAAAUUCGAUAAACAAUUUUCACUUUCCGCUCGGGCACUUGUCCUUAAAACGGUUUCGGACAGUUUGCCUUCCAUAUCCAUUGAUAUUGGAAAUACUCAAAAUUUGUUUGACUUUCCCUUAGCGGACCCUUGUUUCAAUCAAAGUGGAAUGAUUGAUUUACUGAUCGGUGCAGAUUUAUACCCACUUAUUAUUCGCGAUGGAUUAAAAUUUAAUGUUUUUCAAAGAAUUAUGGCUCAGAACACAGUUUUCGGAUGGGUAUUGCUGGGUCCUUUGGAACCUCCCAUUUCUCAAAAUAAUAUCGAAUAUACUCGAUCGCUGUCUUUUUUUAAUGAGGUAACGGUGGAUGAAGAAAUCCAAAGAUUUUGGAAACUUGAGGAGCUUCCACAAAUCUUAUUUUUAACGGCCGCAGAACAAUUCUGCGAAAAUCUUUUCGAAAAAACAACGUACCGAGAUAAAACGGGUCGGUUUGUUGUAAGGCUACCCUUUAAAGACGAUUCCUUUCAAAGUCCCGGGUUAGGAAAUUCGUAUGAAAUUGCAAAACGUCAAUUUCUACGAAAUGAAAAGCGUCUUUUAUAUAGUCCCAUACUAAAAAAUGAGUACGAUUCGGUGCUGUCGGAAUAUAUUGAUUUAGGGCAUAUGAAACCAAGUGAUUCCGCGGAUAAGGUUUGCGAAAACGGCACAUCAUAUGUUAUGCCACGUCAUGCAGUGAUUAAACCGGAAAGCCUAACAACAAAAGUUCGCGUUGUUUUCAACGCAUCAUGUUCCUCUUCAAACGGGAAGAGUUUAAACGAUUUGUUGUAUCCAGGCCCGGCACUUCAAACGGAUAUAACACUCUUGAUGUUAAAUUGGCGGCUUUAUAAGUACGUGUUCAACAGUGAUGUCGAAAAAAUGUAUCGACAGAUAAAAAUAUAUCCCGAUCAAACGCCUUUUCAAAAAAUUUUGUUUCGUCAGAACCCGAAAGAUGAUCUAAGCGUUUUUGAAAUGUUAACACUAACAUUUGGUGUUUCCUGCUCCCCAUAUUUAGCAAUUCGUUCUUUGCAUCAGUUGGCUAAGGAAGUAAAUCGGUCUCAUCCUCUAGCAUCAAAAAUUCUGUUAAACGAGUUGUUUGUAGAUGACGUUCUUUCAGGGGCUCAUGACAUUUCCACUGCGGUAGAAGCUCAAUUCGAAUUAAUUGAGGUAUUAAAGUCUGCCGGUUUCAAUUUAAGAAAGUGGACAUCGAACGCGAAGGAGUUACUGAGUCCUCUGCCUAAAGGUUCACUUCUUAACGAAGAUUUCCUAACUAUUGAUGAUAAAAGUUCUGUAAAAAUGCUUGGCAUAAAAUGGAAAGCUACUUUAGAUACAUUUUCUUUCUCGGUACAAUCAAUACCACAAUCUAACUCUUUCUCAAAACGCUCAGUUCUAUCCGUCAUUGCAAAAUUGUAUGAUCCUAUAGGGUGGUUGGCCCCUAUUGUGAUCACAGCAAAAAUACUGAUGCAACAAAUUUGGAAGGAUAAAACUGAAUGGGAUAGUUGUCUUCUUCCCACCACCGAACAGAGUUGGAAAGUAUUUGUGGCAAGUUUGCCCGAGGUUGCAAAUGUAAGUAUACCACGAUGGGUGGAAUACACUCCGCACGCUGUUUCACAGAUUCACGGAUUCUGUGACGCGUCCGAAAAAGCUUAUGCGGCAUGUAUUUACUUACGAGUGCAACAACAAGAUAAAAUUACCUCCCAUCUCUUGUGGGCGAAAUCAAAGGUUGCGCCAGUAAAUACUAUCUCGUUACCAAGGCUAGAGUUGCAAGGGGCAGUUCUUCUAUCUAAAAUGAUCAGUUUAUUGUCAACAGCUCUUCAAAUUCAAAAUGUUUCAUUAGUUAAUUUGUGGACGGAUUCCACUAUAGUCUUAACCUGGCUUCAAAAACAACCAUGUUCAUGGCAAACGUUUGUGGCAAACCGAACAGCAGAAAUUUUGAAAAAUACGGCGGUGACGGAUUGGUCGCAUGUAGUUUCGGGUGAAAACCCAGCUGAUCUAGCCACGAGAGGAGUAUCCCCUGUGGAUUUAAGAGAAAGCUCUUUGUGGUGGAAUGGUCCCCACUGGUUAUUGAAACCUCAAUCAAUGUGGCCACAAACCAAGCUUGAACCAGUUGAUGAGUCAAAUCUAGAAGUGAAAAAGGUAAAGUCGUUUAAACAACAGGUCGUACAGGACUUCGAGGAAGAUUUAGCUAAAUUUUCGAACUGGCCUAAGGCUGUGUGCGUAUUUGCUUACAUGGAGCGGUUCCAUCACUCUUUUAAAAGGCAUGGAAGUACAAAAUAUUCUUCUCCGGAACUUUCAUAUGAAGAAUUUAAUUUAGCCAAACAAACGUUAAUUGUAUUUACACAACAAAAAUAUUUCAAAAAAGAAUAUGGUGAUUUAAUACAGGGAAAACAUUUAGAGUCGAAAAGUUGGUUAGGAAAGUUCAAUCCCUUUAUUGAUGACAAGGGCGUCAUGCGUGCGAAUGGGAGAUUAGCUUUGUCAACUAUAUCGUAUAACGAAAAAUUCCCCAUACUUCUUCCCGUAAAAUGUCUUUUUGUUCAACUUUAUAUACAAUACAUUCACGAGCUUUCACUACAUGGUGAAAUUCAAAUCAUGAUGCGCAUGAUAAGAUCGGAAUAUUGGAUUCCACAGGUUAAAAAUCUGGUAAAAAAGUGUAUUAUAAAGUGUACAGUUUGUACUCGGUACAAAAAACAUGUUCAAACCCAAUUGAUGGGUGCAUUACCUAAAGAAAGAACGGUUUUAGGUCGCCCUUUUACGAAUACUGGAGUGGAUUUUGCGGGUCCGUUUCUCAUUAAGACGUAUUAUGGUCGAAAAUGUCGUUUAGACAAAGGGUACGUUUGUAUCUUUGUAUGUUUUGCAACGCGUGUCAUACACUUGGAACUUGUCAGUGAGUUAACAACACAAGCAUUUCUUGCGUAAUUUACUCGUUUCAUUUCUCGACGGGGAACUCCAGAACAAAUGUUCUUAGAUCACGGCACGAAUUUCGUGGGUGCAUCCAAAGUUCUUUUAUCUGAUUUCCACAAAUCACUUUUACAUUGCCCUAGUGCAGUUGCUCACAAAUUAAAAUGGAAUUUUAUCCCUCCAGGGUCACCCCACAUGGGUGGAUUGUGGGAAGCGGGGGUCAAGAGUUUCAAAGGGCAUUUCAGGAAGGUAGCAGGUAAUGAAAAAUUCACAUUCGAAGAAUUUACUACCUUGCUUACCCGAAUUGAAUGCACUUUGAACUCGCGACCCUUGUCACCGAUGUCUGAAGAUGUGUCAGAUAUCGUCCCACUGACCCCUGGUCAUUUCCUCACUGGAGGAGUGUUAAAUGGUUUGCCCGAACCGUCAUAUUCAGAUCAAUCGUUAAGUAUUAUAAAUCGGUGGAGAAAGUUGCAAAUUCUUCAUCAUCAACUAAGCGCUCGUUGGAAAGAGGAAUAUUUAAAGGAACUCCAUAAACGGUAUAAAUGGAAGUAUCCCGAAAGAAAGGUUCAAAUUGACGAUCUCGUCACUAUACGAAAUGAAAAUUUGCCCCCAAACCAGUGGCGCCUUGGGAGAGUCAUCAACGUGCACGCCGGACAUGAUAACAAAAUUCGCGUCGCGGAAAUUCGAACCGAAAAGGGAAUAAUCACGCGCUCGAUUGCCAAAAUUUGCAUCCUUCUACCUCAAA